AACAGAGUGAUGAAGAUGAAGAUGAUGAUGAACAGCAGAUGCUGCAGACACCAGUGAAGAUGUGUUCAGUGAAGCUGCUGGACUGCAGGAACCUGAUGAAGAUGAGAGGAGAAACCACAGCAGAGGAACAACAGAGUGAUGAAGAUGAUGAUGUUCCUUCAGGUAUGGCAUUCCCGGCUGACUUCGAGCAUUGUGGAGCUGAUGGAAGUGAGAGAAGAACGUGAAGAGCUGAAGGAAGUGGAGGAGGAACAGCAUGAUUUCAUAACUGGAGAAAAAUCUUUAAGUGGCUCAAAGACAGAAGACAAUUUCUCACCUAAAAAGCCUCAAAGAACAGCCAAGAAAGCUUUCACCUGCUCUCAAUGUGGAAAAUGUUUCACAUGUAAAAGCAAUCUUAAUAAACACAUGAGAGUUCAUACUGGAGAGAAGCCUUACACAUGCCAUCAGUGUGGGAAGAGUUUUGCAUAUGCAACCAGUCUCAAGAGUCAUCUCUUUUGUCACUCUGGAGAAAAGUCAUUUGAAUGUGAUCAGUGUGGUAAAACAUUUGUUCUGGCACAGUACCUAAAACAACAUCUGAAAACUCACACAAAUGAAAAGCCUUACAAGUGUUCUUUUUGUGGAAAGAGUUUUACACGUGUGUCCUAUUUGAAACAACAUCAGAAAAUACAUACCGGUGUGGUGGCUCAUAUGUGCUUUGAAUGUGGAAAGAUCUUUACUACAGCGAGCAGCUUGAAACUGCACCAAAGAAUUCAUACUGGAGAGAAACCAUACAAGUGUACACACUGUGAAAAGAGUUUCACUCUGUCACAACACCUGAAAACACAUGAGAGAAUUCAUACUGGAGAAAAACCAUACAAGUGCUCACACUGUGAAAAGAGUUUCACUCUGUCACAACACCUGAAAACACAUGAGAGAAUUCAUACUGGAGAAAAACCAUUCAAGUGCUCACACUGUGGAAAGAGUUUCACUCGGUCACAAACCCUGAAAACACACAAGAGAAUUCAUACUGGAGAAAAACCUUACCACUCAUGGCCUGAAAUUCAUCUCUGAAAAUGGGGAGGGAAUUCCCCCCUUAAGGCCUUGAUAUAUUUCCUACGAAAUGAAAGAAUCAACGGGUGUGACAUCAUUUAGAACAAAAUCUGGCCAAAAAGAAGGUGUUUUUGUGUUCGUUGCGGUGGUUUGUAACAGCUCGCUGGGGUGAACUUUUAGGAAAACAUUUUAACGGCUGCUUACUGCCAUUGGUCCACGUCAUUGGCAGGUGUGACCUGGAGCUCCAGCUACCUUGAGGCCGAUGGGUAAUUUUGUUUAUGUUGUUCAGUGAGUCAAAAUCAGUCAACAUGAACACAUUGAUGUGCAGAGUUAUUCGCAAGCUGGUGCAAAUGUACCUACAUCUGUACGACUGUUCGCAAAUAUUUUGGUUAAUAAAUUAACAUAGCCUAAAAAACGAAUGCACCGAGGUAGAGGAGGUGGUGACUGCAUUUCUCCAGAUUUGGAAUGAGGAGCUAAAAAAGAACAUAGCAACUCUUUUAUUAAGAAUGUUCAAAGUGGGCUCACAUUGACUGAUUCAAUCACAAUGGAGAUUAAUUUGUUUGUAGAAUACUUCAGAUGUAAUGAAAUGUCAAAUGUGAUUGAAAUAAACAAGAAAUUAUGCACCCUUUUCUGAAGUAUUAUCUUAAUUUGUUACUCAAAAAAGCAUCAUGCUGUUUCAAAAGUAUUGUAAAAGCAAGUUGUAAAAUUGUGCCCUAUAACUAUUGCCCUGGUGUCUACACUAUCAACCAGCAGCACGUCUGGUCUUUAAUCAACCAAAGAGAGCGAAUGUUACACCACUCCUUGUCUCUCUUCACUGGCUGCUGGUUGAUGCGCGUAUCAAGUUCAAGGCUCUGAUGCUGGCAUAAAGAACAGUCCCUGGGUCUGCUCCAGCAUACCUAAAUCAUUUCUGCAGAGCUACGCUCCCACUAGAAGCCUGCGGUCGGCUAAGGAACGUCGCCUUGUACCAACACAAAGAGGCACCAAAACACUUUCCUGGACCUUCCCAACUCCAUCCGUGAAGCUGACUCACUUUCUGUCUUCAAAAAAAGUCUAAAAACACAUCUUUUCCAUGAGCAAUUAACCAGUCACUAAAAUAAUAAUAAUUAAAAAAAAAUGUUUUAAAUUGUUGCACUUUAAUCUGUUUUGAAUACUAUUCUGAUGCUAGUGAAACUUUGUAAUAUGGCACUUGUCAUACCACUGUCUCUUUAAGAUGAUUUGCUUAUGUACUCCUCUUUUGUAAGUCAAUUUGGAUAAAAGCGUCUGCCAAAUUAAUAAAUGUAAAUCAAUACAACCCCCU